GGUCGGUCGCCGGAGUUCGGUUGAGCGCAUGCGUAGUGUGCGGGGCCGGGUGUCGGACGGCCUCAGCGGCCCACGGUGGCUGCGUUCCUGGUUCAGCGGGGACCGUGUCUGCGGUGGGGACUGGGUCGCCGGGCAGGGGCGUCCUAGCGCUGCCGCCGAGCAGAAGCCUGGUGUGACCAUGGCGAUUAGCCAGCUCCGAGCGCUGAGAGUGUGCACCUGCUUCGCGUGGCUGCUCUCCUUCUUCAGGCGGCUCAUCUGCAGGUCUGGAAGGGGUAGGAAAUUGAGUGGCGAUCAAAUAACCUUGCCUACCACGGUUGAUUAUUCAUCUGUUCCUAAACAGCCUGAAGUAGAAGAAUGGAGUUCCUGGGAUGAAGAUGGUCCAACCAGUAUUAAGAUUGAAGGAGGUAAUGGCAAUUUGACAACACAACAAAAUGGCCCUGGAGAGCCUGAAGAACCUGAUUAUUUUAAGGAUAUGACACCAAACAUCCGAAAACCUCAAAAGAUUAUUAUUAAGAAGAAAGAACCUUUACAUUUUGGAAUCCCAGAUGACACCAUGGGGUUUUCAAGUAGAUUGGCAGCUACGCAAGAAAUUCCAUUCAGUCAGCCAACAGCUGAACUGGGAGAUUUUGACACUUGGCAAGAAAAUACUAAUGCCUGGGAAGAGGAUGGAGAUGCCACUUGGGAGGCAGAAGAAGUGCUGAGGCAGCAGAAGCUUGCUGAGAGAGAAAAGAGGUCAGCUGAACAACAGAGGAAGAAGAUAGAAAAGGAUGCACAAAGAUUACUGAGAAAGGAACAGAACAAAAUUGCUGUAAAACUUUCAUAACUAUAAGUGAUCUAUCAGGACCUGUGGUAACUAUGACCGGUGUAUUUUGUCGAAGAAUGUUUUUUUAAGUAAUUGCUAUUGCUGUGCAUUUGAUCGGUACAGCUUCAGUUUUGCCUGUCACCACCUGAUGCUUGGAAAUCUUUCUGGAUUACUGGAAAUCAUUGAGAUGAGGGAUUUUUUUUCAGUGUAUACAUAUUUUUGUCAGGUGUCCAAUCAGUGCAUUGUUCAAUGCAGUACUUUACUGUAUCAGCAUCUGAAAUCUGGGUAGAUUAUUUACAGUAGUUCUUCAGGUUCAAUAUUAGGAAUAUCUGUAGUUGUGUGGCAUAAUUUAUCUAUAUGUAAAAUACCUUUCAUUUGAAAUUAUAUUUAAACAUUAAAAAGUGUUGGUCCGUUCCUUUGACUGUCCAGAUUUACUUAUCAUCAUUUAGUUCUGCUAUUGUUAGACAAUAAGAUAUUACCAAUGAAAUCAAGGAAUUAUCAAAAUAUCAGAGUUAGUGUUGUAUAUAUUUUCUAAACAGAUUCUUGAGAGAAUGGUAGGUACAAAGAGAGAACUAAAUAUGUUUAUAUGUAUCUGCUUAAAUAUCUCAAAGUUGCUAGCUAGAAACUAAAUAGGACCGUUACAGAAGCUCAGUUUUUUUAAAAAGAUGAAUUCAUUACUUUUGGCUUUUUGGAAGUUAGCAUUUUGGUUGAUUACUGUACAGAUUAAAAUACUAUUCCUGCGGGAGCAAUGAGAAUGUAACUAUUAUGAAGCUUGAUGUGUGUCUGUAUUUGCAUCUAGUUAAUUGACACUGCUGUAAGAUUUGAAAUUUUAACAUAAUUUAUUGUUCCACAGCAUCAGCCAUGUUUUUUUUUAGGAAGCCGGCCAAAUUGGCUUGUGUUUAUUUUUGUUAAGCUGUUUUUCAUAUUUCUUUUAAUUGCUUUAAAAUGACAUGUUGCCUUGAAUGCAAUUUUGUACUUUAAAUGAAAGUUAUCCUUAUUCUGCUCUGAGUAGGCACCUAAUGAUAGUCUUAUGGACUCUGUAAUCUAAAGUGAAAGAAUAUUUUUAAUAUUGUGAAAAAUACGGUGAAACUGCUGCCUAAUCCGUAACUAGAACAGAAUCAUUUUUAAACCUAUGCUAUAUUGCUAUUCCAGUCCACAUCUUGAAAUGUGCUGAUUAAAAGGUGCUUAGUCUACAACUAUGAUUCAAUUUACUGGCAAUGAGCAUACCAGGUUUUUUUUCAUAAAUGAGAUGCCUAGAUAUGUUUUACUAUUCUGUGCAUUCAGAGUUUUUUGGACAAAAUUCCCUAAGCAAAAAUGUAAUUCACUAUAGUGCAUUGAAAAUAAUUUAACAUACAAGGUUCACUAGACUUGAGUCUGGCUUAAUGGUCUUUCCUUGCUGAUUCUGCUGCAGUUUUACGGAUACCUCACACAUCCAUCUUGUCACCUACUAGACAAGAUAUUUGGCUAUUUAAAUAAUGUCUUUUUAGGGUUUUUGCAUAGUUUGUCUGUAUGCAUCCAGCAGAGCUAAAGCCAGCACAGAAAUGGGAGCAGAAACCAUCAAUGAAUAAUGUCACUCACUAGGAAACAAUAGUUUGGGUAAUGACUAUUCAUUAUUUAACAAUUGGUAAUAUUGUCAUCUGGUGUGUUGAUAUAAAAACAAAUGACUUUAUUAAGAGAAUUUAUCAAAUUUAUAAAAAUUGCCCUACAGAUAAAAAUAUAAUCUAACAAAAACUGUAAAGCAUUAAUUAUAAAAGUGUAAAUUGGAAAAUAAUAAAGCUAAUAUACAUGAGUUAGUUCAGCCCUUCUGUUAAGGGCUGAACUAACUUGUGUUGGCUUUACCAUUGCCCAUCAAGUGUAUAGUUAGAGCUCUCUUCCUCAUACAGAUUUUGGAUCACUAAGUACUGACCUUUGCAUCUGGCAUAUCAUUUCUGGGCAUCUGAACAAGUCACUAGUCCUGUUACCAUCAAAACCCAGAUUGCUCCUUACCUAAGGCCCAAAGGUUCCCAACCUGGAGUCCACGUACCCCUCGGUUAAUGGUACGGGUCCAUGUCAUAAAAAGGGUUGGGAACCCCUGCCCUCGAAUGAUUUGUCCAUAUUCCUUGGUACUUUGUUCAACAAUAGCCUAGAAUUGAAUUAAACUGUCAAGAUAUUGUCUAUUAUUCAGGUCUUCCUUACCAACUAGAAUUGAUGCUUUUAGCUGAACAAGGAGUGGUCUUGUCACUAUUCCACAUACUGGCUGCUGCCUCAGCUGACUUUAUUUUUAUCAAACUAGAUGCACUGAAAUAACUCCUAUUAGUGUCCUCAUAAAGUGCUUCUCCAAACACAUUGACAGCUUUACUGGCCCUAUUCCCUACCGUCCCCAAUCUAAUUUCAGCUCCGAGUAAACAGAUUAUCUUGGCUGUGUUUCUUCUCUGAUAUCCGUUCAUUAGUCUUGGUAGUCAACGCGCGUGAUAUCCAUGUGUUUUCUUGCCUAUAAAUUUCCGUUAUUUUUGUUUAACCUCGUCUGCCUAAACAGGGUGGUUAUGUCUCAUAUGAUGUCCAAAGCCCAUCCAAACCAGCAAAAGCUUUAUUGAAAUAACUCUACUAAAGAAAUUUGCUCUGCCUAGUUCCCUUAGUGGGAUUGAUGAUAUUAAGGCCACUUUUAUACUUGGGAAAAGUAACAAGUUAGUGUGUGGAACAUUUUCAAAUUUGCUACUCUUGGAAUGUAAUAUACUAGCUAAUUCACUAGAUACUUUACAUUCCUAUGCUUCACAAGUUCAUUUUCAUUUGAAAGCCUUCCUUGUAUAUAUGAACUGUUUAAGAUCAUAAGACACAGGAGCAGAAUUAGGCUGUUUGGCCCUUUGAGUCUGCUGCACCAUUCCAUCGUGCCUGGUUUAUCAUCCCUCUCUUCUGUGUUGCUAUCAACAUCCAGGACACUGUCCACAAUCCUGUUCAAUACAACACCUAGCAUCUUUGCUGCUGCAAUUACAAUUGCCUCCAUAACCCCUACCACCAGCAUCCAUCCCUACCCUUUCCAUCAGUUUCAUUUUCAUGUCGUACGUUUUAUUGACCAAGUUUGCACAGCUAUGUGUACUAAUGCUAAAUGACCUCAGAGUAGUAAGCCUAAAAUCGUCCCUCAAGUAGGCUAAAAUAUCACAGUCUGUUUUAAUGUAUGCUUCAGCCAGGACCUUGAACCUCACACUCAUCCUCUUCCUAUACAUCAUGGAGGAACUUGCAUCCAAGAAAUUUUAAAUUAAAAAAAAAUUCUGAAAGCAGUCAUCCUUGAAAGUUUGUGCAGCUACUCUUGAGUUUUGAGCAAUUCUUUCCAGACUAGUUAAUUAAGAAUCUGGCGUAGAACACAGUAGAGUUAUCGUUUCAGAGUAACAAUGCAUCGUUGAGGAGGCUUCUCACCAAUAAAAUCACGCAGACAAUAUCAUUCACUUCCCAGCAACCUCUCGCAGCACGUAUUAACGGGCAAAAGCCAUUGCUCAAGAUGAAUACAUUAAGGUGGAGCAGACAGUUACGAAGUUUGGUUUGCUGUGUCUCAUGGUUAUCACAAUUGUCAGUUGAUGAUGUCAUCACCUGUGCGCACUUUCAUUAAUGCCUCCCAUGUCAGGCAUUGAUUGUCACUGAUUUAGUGAAGGACUCUGGUGAGGUGUACAAUCAGUUUGCAGUUAAACAUCUUGCACUAUCUUUUAUUCUGAUUCAGCGGGUAAUUAAAAUAUAUUACACUUGUAUUGAAUUUGGUGAAAAUAUUGCAAAACUCAAAAUUUUUCUUUGUAUCCAGAGCUAUUCAGAAGUUUUACUGUUGGCUUUAGACUGCAAACCUAAUACUACAUGGUCAUAUCAAAUAUCUUUUAUCACUCUAAGAAUAUAAAUCACUUGUCAAUCUGGUAAUCAUUGAUCAUUAGAAAUAGUUUUCUUUGUCAUAAGUUUUUUUUUCUACAUUACUUUUAGCAACCUUUAUACUAAGUCAUGUAAAUUGUAUAAUUUUUUAUAAAUCUGUAAAAUACCUGUUUAAAUUAUUGUACAGUAUUAAAAAGGGCAAUUGGAAACUCGUGGUCUUUGUUCUAUUAU